AUGCCAGCCACCAAAACCGUCAAUACCAAUGCAGAAGCGCAGAAGAGUCACAAGAGCAUGCGACGAAUGCCGGCGCAAAAAGAUCAAGUGCGAUGGGAAGCAACCGUGCACCCAUUGUACCGUGUACAGCUACGACGAAGAAACCCGGCUCCCGCCUACAUUGAGGCGCUCGAAAGCCGGCUGCAGAAAGCAGAAGCUAUUCUGAGAACUGUCCUACCAGGAGUCAAUCUCGACGACCCAAAAUUCGAUGCUCACGGGAUCGACCAAAUCAUAGAUUUUGCACGACAUGCCAAAACAGGCGUGGCAAGGGGACAGCCUGCAUUCAAAGCAACGCGAUCUACUGAUGCGCAAGAUGACAAUGCCCAGCUGCAGACCAUGGUGGAAGGCACUGGAUCAUUAGACCUGGACGAUCAGGGGCACUGGGAUUACCAUGGAAAUUCAUCCGGUCAUACUUUCAUGCGGUAUCUUAGUGCUCAAUUUGGCGACUUGUUUGUGUUCGAUUCUCGCCUUCCUGAUUCGAGGAGCCGCGCAAUGUCCCAUCUUAUGGAGUCUCCCAAGACAGCUUCUUCUUCUUCACCCUAUGACUCAAGCAUUCCCCACUCCGCUGAAUUACCAGAUAGGAGGACUGCCAUGCAACUUUGCAGAAAUACAUUAGAAGACGCAUGUUCUUUAAUGCGUUUUGUUCACAAGCCCCACUUUUACGGCAAAGUCAACAGAAUCCUCAACACAGAUCCAGACAAUUAUACAAAUGCUGACACACAAUUCCUUCCACUGCUGUAUGUGGUGAUGGCCGUAGGCUGUCUGUUUGCUCAGACGGAGGACACAACGCUCGACACACAUGGAUAUGAAAGCGCAAUCGAACAAGGAUUCCAGUAUUUCCUGACUGCACGAAACAUGCUCGAUAUUACGGAUUGCAGAGACCUUACAACCCUACAAGCUGUUGUCUUCAUGAUUCUGUUUCUACAGUCUACGGCCAAAUUGGCUACCUGCUAUUCACAUAUUGGAAUCGCCGUGAGAGCGUGCUGCCGGCUUGGCCUCCAUCGCAAUAUCAAAAAAGAGUUCAAUCCCAUCGAGCAAGAGGAGAGGAAAAGAAUCUUCUGGCUCAUACGAAAAAUGGACACCUACGUAGGGGCUUUGCUUGGGCUACCGACGAUGCUGAGCGAGGAGGAUGUAGACCAGCCACUGCCAAUAGAGGUCAACGACGAGUUCAUCACCACAACCCAAAUUUUGCCAAUGCCAGCAGGCACAUUUUCGCUUCUUCGCGCAAGCAACGCACACACCAAGUUAACUUGUGUUCUGGAAAAGGUGGUGAAGUUCAUCUAUCCCAUCAAAGGCGUCGAAUGCGUCAGCCCUGGAGAGCCAUACUCAAUUAGUCAUUCGAAGAUCCGGGAGAUUGAGGAGGACAUGCAAACAUGGAUGGACGAUCUUCCAAUGGAACUGAAACCUUCAGAUAACGCGCCACCCGAGCUUGCUAGAGUGCAGCAACUACUUCGCUUAUCCUACGCACACCUACAGAUGAUGAUGUAUCGACCAUUUCUGCACUACGUAUCUCAAGCACAUGAAUCGAGAAAUGUAGACAAGCAAUCCUAUGCUUGCGCUGCUGCCUGCGUUAGCGUAGCACGAAAUAUUGUCCACAUCACGGCUGAGAUGAAGAGAAGGGGAUUGUUGAUCGGCUCAUACUGGUUCGUGAUGUACACAUCCUACUUCGCGAUAGUCUCCCUUGUCUUUUUUGUUUUUGAGAAUCCACAAUCUCCUACUGGAAACGAGAUCUUGAAAGACGCGACGGAAGGACGAGACGUGCUCGCCAGCCUUGCGAAACGGAGUUUAGCAGCGGAUCGCUGCACUCACAGCCUUAAGGGCUUGUUUGCUGAACUACCUGUUAAGCUUCAGCAGCGAAAGAGUCAAUCGCAGUCUAUGCCAGCCUCCCGCAAACGCCCAAAUCCAGCGCUUGAAUUGGCGCACAAGGGUCAUCAAAGUGUGCCAACCGUGUCGCGGAUCACGAAUACCCGGGCACCCGAUCGAGCAAGUACUUCCCCAAGUGGCAUCACUAUGGUAAGCGCAGCCCAGUCAAUGGCCAGCCCAAAUUCUGCCGGCGUCCGUGCUGCUUUGAACGACAGACCCCUUCUGCAAUCUGGACAACAUCAUCCGGAAUCUGCAUCCGCAGUGACCAGUUCAAAAUUGGCGGACAAGACACAGCUGGCGGGAGAAGAAGGAACGUCGUCGCAGAUGCUGUAUGGGCCGCACUUGAGCAACAAUCUUCUGGAUCUGGGAGGCCUAAUGUACCCAUCGACCAACCCCUUUGCGUACGGCAACCAACCAUUGUCUAUUCUGGAGAAUACACAAAUGAUGACAGCAGAGCCACAGACCUCGUUCGGAGGACCUACAAAUGCAUUCGGCAUACCAGGAAGCACUAACAGCCCACACAACGUGCCUUUCAAUCAUUUCAGCGAUCAUCCUUUUGGAGAUUCACGAUCGCAAGCCGUGUAUCAGCAUGACCGCACUGGCGUAACAACAUCACCAAGCCGCACGCUUCCGAAUUUUCAUUUGCCACAGUCAGCCAGCACACAAGAAGCAGGGAAUCUAAACCCAGACGAGGAGUUCUGGCAACAAAUGGCCAAGGCCCGUGCGGUAUUGACGCCGGGCAUUAACCUCGACGAAUUGUUUGGGAGUGAUGGUGGAUGGCAUCCGGUCUCUAUGGACCAGGGAUUUGGAAGGACAUAG